UGCAAUUUCAAAUAACCAAUAAUAUCUCACUCCUUCCAUAAGGUCACUGCACCCAAUCUACCCUUCUUCUUCUUCUUCUUCUUCUUCACACCACUCUACUCACCGGUGACUCCACUUCUGAAGCUUCUCCGUUUUUAUCAGAUUUCUCUCGAUCAACGCUCGUUUAUGUAGUUUUCUCCAAAUCAUAACUCGCUUUAGGAGGUAUAAGAAUCAACCGAAACAAUGCGAGAGUGCUAUUCGCCAGAAUCCAGAUCCACGAACAAGGAUUCAACUUCAUUUCGUAAUUCUGGUGCAUACACAAGCCCAGGUACUCCCGAUUACGGGGAUAACCAUGGGAGAGGAUUUCAAAAGGGUUGGUGUUCAGAGAGGAUACCAUUACCAAACACUUGUAACAGAAGGCGUAUCAGUGCCAACAUCUUAAUGCCCUUCAACAAUGGCAGAACACUACCUUCAAAAUGGGACGAUGCAGAAAGGUGGAUCACAAGUCCAGUGUCUGGUUCUGGUUCUGGUGCAUUCAAAACUCAAGCACCACCACCACCACCUCAGAGAAGACCUAAGUCAAAAAGCGGACCACUGGGGCCCACUCCUGGGACUAUUACAUACUCUUCAAACUACUCACCUGGUUUCCAGUUUCUUGAAGGUGGAAGCACGAAUAAUGUGUUCAUGGGUUCACCAUUUUCAACAGGUGUUUUGGUACCUAAUGGAUAUUCUUUUCAUCAUACUGGUGAAAAGAUUGAUGAAAACAAUGUUACUUGUGUUGUCUCAAGGCGAGAUAUGGCUACCCAAAUGAGCCCAGGGGACAGCCCGGAUGGAAGGCUGCUCCUCUCCACCUCUCCUCCCCCAAUCCCUUCACCGGUGGAGGAUCGCCGCCAGCAAGUCAGGGAUGUCCAGGUGGACAAAAGAGUCACCAUGACAAAGCAAACGAAAAGAAACAAUAAGAGAGUUGAAAAGAAUCAGUCAACAGAGAUCAAUGAUCUGGCUUUGACUUGGAAUAAUCCUACAGAAGGAGAAAUGGAAUUGUCAAAGCUCCAGAAAGAGGAAGCAAGGAUUGUGGCUUGGGAAAAUCUGCAAAAUGCAAAAGCAGAGGCAUCAAUUCGAAAGCUUGAGAUGAAAUUGGAAAAGAAGAAAUCAGCAUCUAUGGAGAAAAUCAUGAAGAAGCUUACAAUUGCACAAAUGAAAGCUCAAGAAAUGAGAAAAAAAAUGUCAGCAAAUGAGGCUCCUAGAACAUCUCGCAAGCUCAUAUCCUUACACAGAUAUCCAAAGAUUUCUCUCACUUGCUGCUUUUUUGUUCAUUAAUCCUGCAUCAUCAUCAUCCUUAAAUCAGGUGAUAGGGUAGAUAACUAUGUUACAGUUUGUGCUUCAUUAUGAAAAUGGUGGACUAUAAGCAUCUUCUUCAUGGGGAAAAUGCAAAUUUUGUAAUGAGUGGAUGUCCAUUGACUCUUUUUAGAGCUUUUAGUGAAGGUAAAUGGUAUAUAUGCAUAAUCAAUAACAUCGUUUUUAAUGAAUCUAGGGUAAAUCAUUGCAGAAAUGAUUUGGAACAUGUUAUUUUGCCUAAAGCUAUAAACACAUAAAUACAUGCAAAUGUGUUUAUAGUAGAUUUGAUGACAUUUGUUUGUAUGUAGAUGACAUGCUAGUUUUUGUAUCAAGCAAAACCAAGGUAUAUAAAACAAAGAAGUAGUUAUCAUCUAAAUUUUCAUAAAGGACAUGGGGUGGGUGGGUGUGAGUAAUGUGAUAGUUGGACAAGGAUUGAACUAGUUAACAAAGAGAUUGUUAUUACAUAAUCACAUUAUUUUGAGAAAAUUCUCAAUAAGUUUAAUUAUGGUGAUUUUCUUCCUUCAUCACUUUCACGGAUGCUAGUGUGAAAUUAAUGUUAAAUACAGACAAUUUUGUAUCAUAACGAGAAUACUAUAAGACCAUUGGUCGCUUGAUGUAUGCCACAAGUACUAUGCAUGAUAUUGUUUAUGUCGUGGAGAGGUUGAGUAAAUAUACUAAGAUAACUUGGGACCUGAAAUGUAUUGGAAAACAUGAUACUAAAGGAAUGAUGAAUAAAUAUGUAGAUGCUGGGUCUACUCGUGGGUAGAUCACGCUGCCUGACAUUAGGCUAUCUAUCGGUCAAUUUUGCAAGGCAAUUGAGCCGACUGUUGAUUUUUUCAUGUAUUGUUUUUCAACUAAUAAAAGCA